CAGCAUUUUGACACAGUUAGAUUAACCACCGUGCCACAAUACAAACAGCUGCGCUGCGGACCCUGUCUGUGAUCUCUCAGAAUGGAUGCCUUCACUGAUGAUCCAUUUUAUGACUACAAUUACAGUGAGAGUUUAGAGAAUGAAACCUUUGAUAUUAGUAUUCCUCUGAAUUGUCACAGCUCACACCUCCGUGGCUUCAACAUCUUCCUCCCCACUGCGUAUUACCUCAUAUUUUUCUCAGGCUUUUUGGGAAACCUCUUCGUAAUCUCAGUUGUGGGCAGCAAAAGCAGGAGAAGUGGGCGACUGGUGGACACAUUUAUCGUCAACCUGGCCCUGGCUGACCUCAUCUUCGUCCUCACGCUGCCACUUUGGGCCAUCUCUGCCAGCCAGGACGGACAGUGGAACUUUGGGGCGGCUGGGAACCUGUUGUGCAAGCUGAGCAGCUACAUAAUUGCUGUGAACCGCUUCUCCAACAUCUUCUUUCUUACCUGCAUGAGUGUUGAUCGCUACCUGGCUGUGGUGAAGCUGAUGGAUUCGAGGUACCUGAGGAGCAGUCAGUGCAUUCGUGCCACUUGUGCUGCAGUCUGGUUGAUCUCCCUGGUGCUCGGCAUCCCAUCCCUGGUGUACCGAGGAGUGGAGCAUUCCCAAGAUGGGCUGUCCUGUGUGGAAAAUGACAACUCGCCUUUUUUUCUUGUCCUGAGCCUGACCAUGGUAUUGCUCACCUUUGUCUUUCCAGUGUUAAUCAUCGGGCUCUGCUAUGGCAUCAUUAUCAUGCAUCUCAACAAGCACUGUGUUACGACUGCCAAUCCUCGAACUGAAGCCCGGCGCAGACACUCCCUCAAGAUGGUCCUCUCGAUUAUAGUAGCCUUUGUGGUGUCUUGGCUCCCCUUCAACAUUUUCAAAGCCAUUAUGAUUGGCUCGCUGCUCUCGAACGCUGGUCUGAGUUGUGAUAACCUGGCAUGGCAAAGAAAUGGGCUCCUCAUCUCCUGCUGCCUGGCCUUCCUCAACAGCUGUGUGAAUCCAGCGAUUUACUUUUUCCUGGACCAUCACUUCAGACGACGCGCCAAGAUCCUGUACAAGACCUGCACGGGAAAGCCAAAGCUAGUGCAGAGUCACACCUCAUCAGCUUCCUUCACCAAUAUGGGAACUUCAGAGAGCUUUGGAACUGGUGGGAGAACUCAGCUUCAGAUCUUUGAGUAGGAGAAGAAGACAGAUUCCUAUCUCUAACGUUGAAGGUAUUAAACCUAUUGUCUCUCGCCCUUUAAGAUCUGAUCUGUGCAGCAACUUGAUAAUGAGAGAAUUUGUGCAUGUUUCACUCUUGAUGGGAUGUUUCAAUAUUAAGUGAAACCAAAGAUAUGGUUUGAAAAAGAUUUGUGCUGUACAGUUUUGUUUGUUCACACAGUGCAGAUUACAAUUAGUACAAUAAUGUGAAUUUCUUUUCUCAUAUCUUUCCUUUAUUCUAAUUUUCCAUAGAUAUUGCUUAUUAUAUACUGCUUAAACCAAACCAUACCAUACGGUACAUAAAUGCAUUAAUGUUGAUAUUCUGUAUGUGAGUGUUCACCAAUAUCUUUUGUUUGUAUGAAAAUCUUUAACAUUUUGAGCAGCAUUAGUAGAGUAUAAGUGUAUAAAUAUUGUAUAAAUAUACUAGAGUAAUCUGGAUUAUGGAUUGUAGAGUAAAUUGUUGUUUCUGUUUUAUAUAUAUAUACACAACGACACAAGGACACACACACACACACAUAUACAUACAAUAUUAUAUAUAUAUUAUAUAACAUAUAUUAUAUGUUAAAUAUAAUAUUAUAUGUAAUAUAUUGUACAUAUAUAUAUCAAGGACGU